UAUUAUUAGAAAGAUCAGAUUGAUUGAUCAUUUUCGAAUUGAACUAAAUUGAAAUUUGAGCUAUUCUGGUACUCAAUAUUUUUUUAUUUUGAAAGGGACAGUGUCAACAGUUCACAAGUUCCCCUGUCAUUUAGGUAUUUGUCUUUUAGUGCCGUAAGAACAUAUGGCUUCAAAGUGAAAUGCUUUCAAUAGUCAAAAGCUAUCUGGAUUAUUAAGAUGUUUUUUGAUGAACUAUUGUUCUUGGCUGGGUCAUUUAACCUAUAUCAGGCAAUUAUCAUAAUCGGGGGGCAUUUCUUGGAAUACAUUAGCGCAUGGCAGAAUCUGAACGCUGCGUUCAUCGCAGGAGAGCCGCGGCAUUGGUGUUCCGUCCCAGAAAUCGACAAUCUCGGAUUGUCCCAUGGGCUACGAAUGAACCUGACUACCCCGAUUGAAGAAAAAGAUGGACGGACUUUCUUCAGUAGUUGCAAAGUGUAUGAUAGGAACUACACCGGUAUAACAGGGGACAACUAUCUUGAUAUCCUUGGCUGGAAUACCACUAAGACCAGAGAUUGUGAUGCGUUUGUCUACAGCAAGGAGCUGUACGUUUCCACAAUCGCUACCGAGUGGGACCUUGUAUGUGGACAAAAAUGGAUCAAAGCGACAAUUCAAUCCAUUUUCUUUGUUGGACGACUGAUUGGCGCAGUAUUCUGGGGAUUCAUAGCUGAUAGGUUUGGCAGAAAGAAGGUUUACAUUAUUACGUUACUGGGUACCAUGAUUAUUUCUAUCAGCUCGGCUUUCUACCCUGAAAUCAUAUCCUACACAGUGUCUCGUUUCCUCACAGCGUUUUUCAUCACCGGUGUCACACAGACCUUUUACGUUAUAUUGAUGGAACUGGUCGGGCCUAAAUACAGGGUCGCUACGGGUAUCAUUUACUUCGGGGGUUGGACGAUGGGGAUGGUGUCACUAUCAGGACUGGCGUAUGCGGUGCGGGAGUGGCGUAAACUACAGCUGGUCAUCUCUGUCCCUUCAGUUAUCAUGUUGAUUUUUGUUUGGCUAUUACCCGAGUCACCAAGAUGGUCAAGGCAAAACAACAAAGAAGAGGACGCAAAGGAGGUUAUCAAGACCAUCGCCAAAGUAAACAAAACGACUGAAAAACUCCCAGAAAACUUUACAAUAGAUCUUGAGAAAGGAAAGGCGGCCAAGGGAAAUUUUAUAGCAUUGUUUAGUACCCCGAACAUACGGAAAAGAACCUUAAUUCUUUGUUAUGUAUGGUUUGCCAACAGUCUCGUCUACUAUGGUCUGUCCUUGAACACAUCCAACCUCGGCGGCAACCCCUACAUCAACUUUUUCAUAUCUGGCGCCGUAGAGAUCGUCGCUAAGGUUUUUGUAAUAUCUGGCUUCAUGUACAUUGGGAGACGCUUGCCUUUUUCUUUUGCUAUGCUGUUUGGAGGUGUCUGUCUCAUUGCUACCAUAGCGGUACCUGUAGAUCAGAAUGUUAUCAUUGUUGUGUUGUCAAUGGCUGGAAAGCUUGCUAUUGCGGCAUCAUUUGAUAUGGCAUGGAUUUACUCUGCUGAAGUCUAUCCUACCCCACUGAGAGCAUCGGGAGUGGGCUGCAACUCUAUGGCUGCCAGAGUAGCAGGAAUCAUCUCAGCAUAUGUCGGUCUGUUGGGUGACGUAAACAGGGUAUUGCCGUAUCUUGUAUUGGGCAUCGUGUCGUUAAUCUCUGGGGUCCUAGUGCUAUUUCUACCCGAGACUAGGGGGAUGUCGCUCCCUGAAACCAUAGAGGAGGGAGAACAGUUCGGGCAGGGCCAGAGGUUCUUCGCCUGCACUGGUAACCCUGAACCUGACGACCUUAAGAAAGAACGCGACAUUGGGAAAGAGAACGAGGCAAUGCAUGGUGUUGGCCAAGAGAAUGGUGCAGUUUACAAUAGAGGGAAAGAGAAUAUGGGAUUUGAUCAUGAAAAUCAACAUGUAGAGAAGUCGAAACCAACUGCAGAAAUGAUCAAUUUAAACAGACUUUGAUAACCCUCAAAAUUAUAAAGUAUCAAAAGUAUCCUGAAAACUAUCAUGACUAUCUUGAAGACGAUUAUAAUUUUGAUUGUUGGCAUUCAUAGUCCUAAACUAACUUUUACAAUAAACGACUGUACUUAAAAUGGAA